AUGGAUCUAGAGAGUCUUGGUCAGGAGAUCGAGACAUUAUCACAACCAUCACAAACAUCGCAGCCGUCGCAGCCGUCGCAGCCGUCGCAGCUAUCACAUCCUCGGCCGAAGCUCAGUCGACUAAGAGACAAGCCCCAGCUUUCGUGUAAUGCCUGCCGGCGUCGCAAUAGUGUCUCUCCACAUACUCACAUUCUUUCAGAUCACGAUGUGACCGUCAACAGCCAUGUUCCUCCUGCUCUACCCGUAGCCAGAUAUGUACCUACGUGGAUAACUCAGGGCUCAUAG